AUGUACCACCGACCUGAACCCACCAACACGUCAGUCUGACACCCACCUACCACCAACAUGACUCUAAGGAAGUCCAACACCUUCGUGUCACUCAUCAACAGCUACCUCAUCGACAGCCCACAGCCUAGCUCUAUCAACUACUGAUGGAACGUCGGAUCACUACUAGGUCUCUGCCUAGUCAUCCAGAUCGCCAGCGGUGUGUUCCUAGCCAUGCACUACACCAGCAGAAUCGACCUAGCCUUCGACGCCGUAGAGCACAUCAUGAGAGACGUCAACGCUGGGUGACUGAUACGAUACAUCCACGCCAACGGAGCCUCCUUCUUCUUCAUCUGCAUGUACCUCCACAUCGGGAAGGCACUAUACUACGGGAGCUACAAGGCUCCUAGAGUAGCGGUGUGAGUCAUAGGAGUCAUCAUCUUCGUCCUAACCAUCGCCAUAGCCUUCAUGGGUUACUGCUGUGUCUACGGACAGAUGUCACACUGAGGAGCUACAGUCAUCACCAACCUCCUAAGCGCCAUCCCCUUCAUCGGGAACGACAUCGUGCCGUUCAUCUGAGGUGGCUUCAGCGUCAGCAACCCUACCAUCCAACGGUUCUUCGCCCUCCACUUCCUCCUGCCGUUCAUCCUAGCCGCUCUAGUGUGCAUGCACUUCAUGGCACUCCACGUCCAUGGGUCAUCGAACCCAGUCGGUGUGACAGGGAACAUAGACCGUCUGCCAAUGCACGGCUACUACGUCUUCAAAGACCUCAUCACAGUCUUCAUGUUCCUCAUCCUGUUCAGCACCUUCGUCUUCUUCUCUCCCAACACCAUGGGACACCCGGACAACUACAUUCCUGGUAACCCUCUCGUGACACCACCAUCCAUCGUCCCAGAGUGAUACCUACUGCCAUUCUACGCCAUCCUACGGUCUAUACCCGACAAGCUAGGUGGAGUAGCGGCUAUGUUCGGAGCCAUCGUCAUCCUACUAGCCCUACCAGUGACGGACAGAUCAGUCAUCCGAGGGAACACAUUCAAGAUGGCAAGCAAGCUAGCCUACUACCUGUUCAUCUUCAACUUCGUCCUCCUGGGGAACCUCGGGCAGCUACACGUUGAGGUACCGUUCAUCGCCCUAGGACAAGCAGCAACGCUGUACUACUUUGCCCACUACCUAGUGGUGGUACCGCUGAUCUCGACACUGGAGAACCUCAUCUUCUACCUGUCAGUCCAACGGGACUAG